AGCAGGUCACAGCCGCCGUUGUCUGUCUCUCUGCUUAUUGACUUUGCUUCAAUUACUAUCAAUUAUUUAGUUUAAAUUCAGUAACUUUCCAAUAACAGUAUGGGUGGAAGCAACAGCGUUCUAAACUUUGGUGCCGGACCGGCGAAGCUGCCACGAGAGGUGCUGUUGGAGGUGCAGGGAGAGUUGCUCAACUACCAGAACAUGGGUAUGAGCAUCAUGGAGAUGUCGCAUCGCUCUCCCGAGUAUUCGAAGAUCAACGCAGAUGCGCAGAAGGCCGUCAGGGAGUUGAUGAACGUUCCGGAUAAUUACAGGGUGCUCUUCAUUCAGGGUGGAGGUACAGGGGCUUUCGCGGCCGUAGCAAUGAACCUGCUGAACCGCACCGGAAGUGCGGACUACCUGGUGACCGGAACCUGGUCGAGGAAGGCGGCCAAGGAGGCCCGCAAAUACGGAAACGUCAAGUUGGUGUUUCCGGAACCGGAACUGGGCACCAUCCCCGAUCAGUCAACGUGGACCUUCGACCCGGAAGCCUCGUACGUUUAUUACUGCGCGAACGAGACCGUCGACGGCGUCGAGUUCGGAUUUAUACCGGAAACGCACGACGUCCCAUUGAUAGCGGACAUGUCUUCGAGCAUCAUGACCAAGGAAAUCGACGUGAAAAAGUUCGGCGUGAUCAUAGCGGGCGCCCAAAAGAAUAUCGGCCCUGCGGGCGUCACCGUCAUCAUCGUAAGGGACGACCUGUUAGGCAACCCAAUGACCAUCUGCCCUUCGAUUUUAGAUUUCACGCACAUAUCGAAAGAGAAUUCCGUGCACAACACACCGGCGACUUUCUCGGUAUACGUGAUGAACAAAGUGUUCGAUUGGAUCAAACGCAACGGAGGCGUCAAAGAGAUGGAGAAGCAGGCAAACGAGAAGAGCAAACUCCUGUACGACACCAUAGACAACUCUGACGGAUUCUACUAUUGCCCGAUCUCGGAGGAGUGCAGGAGUCGCAUGAACGUGCCCUUCCGCGUCGGCUUCAACAAGGGCAACGUCGCUUUAGAGGCGGAGUUCCUGGACCACGCCCUCAAGUACAACAUGCACCAAUUGAAGGGCCACAGAAGCGUGGGCGGGAUGAGAGCGUCACUCUACAACGCGGUGACGCUCGAAGACGUCCAGGCGCUCGUCAAGUACAUGAAGGAGUUCCAGAAGGAGAAGGCCGCCCUGUAAUCAAUCAAUCAAUCAAGCAAUCAUUACACGCAUAUAUCCAUCAAGUAUUUAUAAUAUCUGUAUUUAUUUAU